CUCCCCUGUAAGACAUACUUCCUCCAGCAGCAGCAGCCUCAGCGAAGGGCAGGCAGCACAGCAGCAGAGCUAGCCGUAGACUCAGCGCAGUACGGACAGGCAGGGCGUCUGAGCUGCACCGACAUACGUUACCAGCUGCUGAAUUUCCAUCACAUUUAAACAAUGAGUUAUCCCGGCUAUCCUCCAAUGGGUGGGUAUCCACCACUCCCUACAGGCAACAACCCAUGGGGUGCACCCAGCAACAACCCACCUUCCAUUGGGCUGGAUAUGUCUGGCUUCUCUCAGCAAUACAACCCUCAGCAGUAUGGGGGUGGGCCAGGCUUUCCAGGAGCAGGAUUUGGAGGAAUGAACCCACAGCCAGGAGGAUAUGGUGGUGGAUAUCCAGCACCUCCAGGACCUGGCUAUGGGGCACCGCAGCAGCCUCAAGCACCUGGCUAUGGGGCACCGCAGCAGCCUCAGGCACCUGGCUAUGGGGCACCGCAGCAGCCUCAGGCACCUGGCUUUGGGGCACCACAACAGCCUCAGGGACCUGGUUAUGGCGCACCGCAGCAGCCUCAAGGACCCGGUUAUGGCAUGUACCCUGCUCCGGGUGGAGAACAACAGCCUGGAAUGCCUGGAUUUAAUUCAGGAUACCCAGGCCAGCUGCCAGGGCAACCAAUGCCAACCCCUGGCCAGCCUCCAGUGACCUACCCAGGACAACAGCCAGUACCAAGCUAUCCUCAGGCUCCAGCCGUAAAUCCCUCUAUGCCACAAUAUCCAUCUCAGCCUUCAGGAACGCCCAGCAUUCCUCCUAUGCCGGCUGGGAAACGAGGAACUAUUGCAGAUGCACCAAACUUUGAUUCACUCAGAGACGCUGAAGUGCUCAGGAAGGCUAUGAAAGGAUUUGGAACCGAUGAACAGGCCAUUAUUGAGUGUCUGGGAAACCGGUCAAACAGACAGAGACAGCAAAUCAGUUUGUCCUUCAAAACCGCUUAUGGGAAGGAUUUGAUAAAAGACCUGAAAUCUGAGAUCUCCGGUAACUUUGAGAAGGCCAUCCUAGCAAUGAUGAAACCGCCCAGCACGUAUGAUGCACAUGAGAUUAAUGAUGCAAUUAAAGGUGCUGGCACAGAUGAAGAAUGUCUAAUUGAAAUCUUGGCAUCUCGAAGCAAUGCAGAGAUACAGGAAAUCAAUAGAGUGUACAAGAUGGAGUUCAAGAAGACCCUUGAACAAGCAAUAAAGAGCGACACCUCUGGUCACUUCCAGCGACUGCUCAUUUCACUGGCUCAGGGAAAUAGAGAUGAGAGCACCAAUGUGGAUAUGUCACUUGUCCAGCGUGAUGUACAGGAGCUGUAUGCUGCUGGAGAAAACCGCCUGGGAACAGAUGAGUCGAAGUUUAAUGCCAUUCUGUGUGCCCGCAGCCGGGCACAUCUUAAUGCAGUUUUUUAUGAAUACCAGAGAAUGUGCAACCGGGAUCUGGAGAAGAGUAUCUGCCGUGAGAUGUCUGGGGAUCUGGAAAGAGGCAUGCUGGCAGUGGUAAAAUGCCUCAAAAACACAUCCGCUUUCUUUGCGGAACGUCUCUACAAAGCAAUGAAGGGUGCUGGGACAAAAGACAAGACCCUGAUCCGUAUCUUGGUGUCUCGCAGUGAGGUGGAUCUGCUAGACAUCCGACAGGAGUACAAAAGGAUGUAUAACAAGUCAUUGUACACUGAUAUCACGGGAGACACAUCAGGAGAUUACAGGAAGACCCUGCUGAAGCUCUGUGGCGGCAAUGACUGAGCACGUGACCAUUGUCUCUAUCUGAAAGAUUUGUGAUCUGUUUUUCUCCUCCUUUUUUUUCUUUUUUAAUUUGCUCUUCGUCUAAACAUCAGCUGAGUUCCCAUAUACCCAGCUCCUAAGCUGUGGCCUAGUCCUGAUUACAGUCCUAGAGCUGUUUGUCUGGCAGUAAGGAACAUUUGCAUAUAGCUGUGUCACUCUCUUUGUAAAAGCACCAAACCAAACUCUGGUCUCCCUCACACAUGCCCUCCUUCUCAAGUUGUUUCCUUCUCUGCAUUAAUCCAGAUUCUUCUAUUAUCUCAUGUGUGAUUUGUUUAUUAUCUUUAGCAUUUGUCUACUGAACAGUUGUCAUUUUUUACCAAAUGGGCAGAUGAACUGUGUUUUCUAGAUAUAUUCUUCUAAUAAUAAUAAUAAUUGUAAUUACAAUAAUCUAAUAUAAAAAAAAAAUAAUGUCCUUCAAAACAAAACACAUUGUGCGUGUGAUUUACACAAAGUUAAACAGUGCGUCUACAAAGUGCCUCUUUAAUAACACCUCUUUAAUAGAACCUUUUUUAUGCACAGUUGGCUAGUAACUGUAGUAGAAGCUGAAGGUAUCAUAAACCACUUAUAAUGAUGCCUUAAUAAAUCCAUAUAUAGUCAGUGUAUUAAAUAGCGCACAAAUACCAAAGGAAGGGCACAGAGUUUGGUAACGCCGAGAGGGUGAGGACUGCAAAACCUUUGCCUUUAUGGCCCGACUGUGAAGUAGUGCGAUGAAUAAGUAAAAUGCUGUAACAUAGGAAUACUUGAAACUAAUGCCAGUAGAAUGUAACUGCGCCAUCAAACCAGCACUGGCCUUUUCAAGCCACCUAUGCGUCUUGUGAUAUGUGCUGCAUUACGCGUUAUAUCUGCUCUACUCUGUACUGCUCUAUGCUAUAAGUAUACUUUAAUGAUACCUGACACGGCUGUAUAAGAGAACACGUAAAUGUGGACCCGGGGAUUCAUGUUUAACAUUGUGAAGUUACUGUUGCACAUUAUAUAUCUAGCUAUACAAAGGUGACUGCAAGUUAUUUUUUCGCUCUUUUUUACCAUAUCCGUACACAGAAAUGAAUGACAGACCUUGUUGUUGUUUGUCAGCCUUCAGUGUAAGAAAGGAAACGUCCAUAAAUUAUGGCAUUUUGUACCUAUAUUUCCUAAAACUUUCUAAAGUCUCCAAAGGUGUCCACAGAUAAUUAAUAUGCAAUUAAAUAUGUUUACUAUCUAAA